AUGACGACCAAGCAUGAAAGCUACCCAAGUCCCCGUCCGUCUACUGUCGAGCGCGAGACCGAAGAACAGCAGCCAACAAGCCAGCAGCCCAGCAUCUCAACACCAUGGAGGGCCUUUUUUACAACGUCAAAUACGGCCCAAGCUACAUCGAGGGCAUCUGCGAGACCAUUGACGGCAUAUGUGAAGCUACAACUGUCCCCAGCCUAUGGCGACUUCCUCGCCAACCUGCCCCCGAACCCUUCAACGUCUGCCCUCGCCGCCAAAACCACAGAUAAACUGGUAGCCGAGUUCCGCUACCUCCAGGCCAAUGCGACUGGUUCGCUUGCCAAGUUCAUGGAAUACCUCACCUACGGCUACAUGAUCGACAAUGUUGCACUCCUGAUCACCGGCACCCUCCACGAACGGGACACCCGAGAGCUGUUGGAGAGAUGUCACCCGCUCGGUUGGUUCGAGACGAUGCCGGUGCUGUGCGUGGCGACCAACAUCGAGGAACUCUACAACUCCGUCCUCAUCGAGACGCCGCUUGCGCCCUACUUCAAGGGGUCGCUCAGUCACCAGGACUUGGACGAGUUGAACAUUGAGAUUAUCCGUAAUACCCUGUACAAGAACUACCUCGAGGACUUCCAUCAAUGGGUCAACUCCACCCCUGACAUUGCCGGAACCCCCACGGCAGACAUCAUGACGGAGGUCCUCGAGUUUGAAGCAGACCGCCGAAGCAUCAACAUUUCGUUGAACUCUUUCGGUACGGAACUUUCCAAGGCAGACAGGAAAAAGUUGUAUCCCAGCUUCGGAAAAUUAUACCCAGAAGGAACCCUGAUGCUGUCAAGGGCAGAUGAUAUCGAGGGUGUUCGCAUCGCCGUGGAGAGUGUAGCCGACUACAAGAUGUUCUUUGACCAGACCGGCUUGAGUCAAGGCAGCAGCGGUGGCAUCGGUAACAUGUCCGGCGGUGUAGGCGGAGAGACGAGGAGUUUGGAGGACUUGUUUUACCAAAAGGAAAUGGAAAUCUCAAAGCUGGCAUUUACAAGGCAGUUUACCCACGGUAUCGUGUACGCAUGGGUCAAGCUGCGUGAGCAGGAAAUUCGCAACAUCACGUGGAUAGCCGAGUGCAUUGCGCAAAACCAGAAAGAGCGCAUCGGUAACUACAUCAGCGUCUUCUGA